UUCCAUUCAAGCGAAUAAUAAAUCCAAAAAAAACGACACGAGUGUUCGCCAAAUAGCUCGGCCGGCCUUCCCCACUAUAGUACAGUUCGGGGAGACGCUUGCGCGUUGCCGAUUAAAGGCCAAGCUGGCGAUUACGGUUAUCAACCCUCCUCUCCUCAUUGCUCCAACUCUCUUUCCUCCACUCCCCGCUUCUCUCUCUUACUUUCCCCUUGCUUGAUGGGGUUCCAGGGUUUGUUUGCAUGAUCAUUUCCAUGUGUUCAUCUUGAUUGCCUUUUGCAUGGCUGGCCGAGUGAUUGCCUUUUCUACUUUCCGGGCUUCCCUCGAGUCUCCCUCGCAUCGUUCCCCAUCGCCUGUCGCCGCGCUCAACAAUUGAGCUACCCCAAUACCAUGGCGGAAUCUUGGAGCAUUGUCUGUCGACAAUGUGUCUCUGCUGUGUCUGACGUUCCAGCUUCCAUUUUACUUGCUUCUGUCGUUGCUACAGCGCUGGGAUUGUUUGUCCUGUUCAUUACCUUUCUUUUCUUCGUUGCUCCGACCCCUCGUGAUUCCCUACCGGAAGAAAAGAAGUAUAAGACUCUUGCCAAAGAUGGCGCUAUCACCGACCCCGAAACACUCCCAUGUUGGCUCGACACCCUCGACGCCCAGAAGCGCGCCUCAAAGAACCCUAAAAUUGAACCCGCGGAGCUCUUCAUGUCCGUAGUCGUCCCGGCUUACAACGAAGAAGACAGGCUUGCGGGAAUGCUGGAGGAAGCCGUCAACUACCUGGAACAUAUGUACGGCACUCUGGACCGCGAGGAGGAGAAAGACAACACCGAGACUGUCUCAACCCGGUCCAUGCGAAAGCGCAAGUCCGCGUCGAAUGGUCAGGCAACCAACGGUCAUGCCACGAGUCCCGCAUCGGACCGCGGAUGGGAAAUACUUAUCGUAUCGGACGGAUCAACAGAUCGCACGGAGGAGGUUGCCUUCACCUUUGCGAGGGACCAUCAGCUGUCGCUGCACCCCAAGGGCUAUGCGGGACCGUGGACGCCCAAGGCGCACGAAGGCGUGCAUAUCCCACCCGGCACGAUUCGCGUGGUCAGUUUGACUCACAACCGUGGCAAGGGCGGCGCCGUUACGCAUGGUAUGCGGCACGCGCGUGGUCGAUAUGUCGUGUUUGCCGAUGCGGAUGGGGCGAGUAAGUUUGAGGAUCUCGGGAAACUUGUUACCGCGUGCCAGGAGGUUGAGGAUGCCGGUGGUCGUGGUGUGGCUGUUGGGUCGCGCGCGCAUAUGGUUGGCAGCGAAGCCGUUGUCAAGCGGUCGAAGUUGCGCAAUUUUCUUAUGCAUUCUUUCCACUUGAUCCUGUGGCUCAUGACGCCUCCCAAGACUGCGACCGUCAAGGAUACGCAGUGCGGCUUCAAGCUCUUCUCGCGCAACUCACUGCCCUUCAUCAUUCCCUAUAUGCACUCCGAAGGCUGGAUCUUCGACGUGGAGAUGCUCAUGCUCGCCGAAUUCGCACGCAUCCCAGUGGCAGAAGUGCCCGUCGGGUGGCGUGAGGUCGGAGGCAGUAAGCUGAAUGUCAUUCGCGACAGUAUCGGCAUGGCCUGGGGCCUGGCGGUCCUGCGGGCAGCGUGGUCGCUUGGCAUUUACCGGCAGAAGUGAGAAGAAAGCUUACAUGGAACCAUACUGCGCCAUUGGUGGCACAUUAUCUAUAGACCGUGGCUUCUGCGGUGAUUCCUUUUUUUUUCUCUUGGGCGUUCUUGGUGUCAGUUUUCAAAAUACCAUGAACUAGUCAUCCGUGCUUGCGAGUCUAUACCCUUGAGAUCUCUGCAUCUAUCUUCUUGCUUGUGCACGGGGGACUGCUAGACUAGUGUACAGUCGGAGUAGAAAACAAAUUCCCCCUGUAGGCGC